AUGGACCUGGACUCUGCGGGGAGGGGGCUGAGCUCAGGCACCCCCUUGCUGCUCCUGCGCCCCCUCGCCACCCUCUGGAGCAGAAGAGGCAGGCCAGAUGAGGAGGGGGCCCUGCCCGGCAGAAACCGUCUCUCCUCUCUCCCCCACCAGCUUUUCCUGCGGCUGCUUGAGGGGCAGGGGACUCUCCCCCCACCCCAGAUUUUGCUCUUGGCUCUGGAGAAGGGGCCCCGCCUCCACCACCUCCUCCAGGCCACCAGGGCCGGCACUUUUGACACACUCCAUGGUGGUGCUGGUGGGAAACAGCCACAAAAGAGGGGCUGGCUUUUUGGGGAGAGGGGGAAGCGGGGUUCUCCCUCUGGCCACAAGGCAGCUCCAGCCCCACACUACACAUUUCCUGCCCCCCUUGCUGGCAUAAACAGGGAGGGGGGCAUCAUCCUCUGGCCCCCAGCUGCUGUUCUGCUCCAGUACUUUUCUGACGGGGGUGAAGUGGGGGUCCUGCGUUUGGGCAGCUCUGACCUCUCCCUAGUUGUGCUCCAAAUUGUGGCGGUGGGGGGGGGGAGCUGUGUGCAGGAGGCCUCAGUCUGGAUGUGCUGCUAUUGGGGUGGGGGGUGA